AUGGACAAGACGUGGCCAUCUUUGCGCACAAUUGUGCCAUCGACUGCUACCGCCAGAUCCUCACGUCCGCCGAAAGUUAAUGUACAAGCUAAUGAGAAACCUUCCCGUGUAUUCUUACGAUUGAAACGCAAGCGCAGUGACAACCCAAUGGAGUGUUUGAUGGUGCAGAGUGAACCAACUAUUAAACGACCGAAAGUGGACCUUUUGGAAGCGUUUACGAAGCUUUCGACUGAUGAAAAGUGUUUUGUAUUCAAACAUAUUGAUACAAUGGAAGAGCAGAUAGAGCCUGGACGUGGCAGAUGGACAGAAAGACUCAAACGCAAAGCAAGGUCGCUUAAGGACGAACGAGCCGACAUUUUAGCCAAGAAACAGCUCGUCUCUGUGUUUCAAAAAGACCCGACGGCUUCCAAACAGACAGAGAAACGUAUGGAAGAGCAGCAGAGUCGCUCCAAAUCUCGACGGAAUGAAGAAAUGUUCAAGUCUAGAGGCCUGCAGCCAAUUGUGGAGAUUAAGGAGAAGCAAACGAUGGAAGUGCAUGGCAUCCGACUAGUGGAUCUACAGUUAUCAACUAUUGCAGAUACAGACACGUCAUUGACAACGUGUACUGAUGCACACUUAGAAAUAAGUGAGGCAGAUGUGGUCAUGAUGAACGGAGCACGGCUGAAAUCUACGAGGGUACUGAACCCACAAGAACGCAUGCUGGAUGAGGCAAUUUGGACCGCUUUCCGCUUAAACGACUUUACACCUUUUUUCCAUAUAUACCACACACAGCGACUGCAGUUUCGUGCAGACCCAAUCACGUUUCAGCGACCAGCGGAUGGAAGGACGAUAUUAAUGGCUGCAGCGCUGCAUGGACGGAGUGAUGUGAUUGAAGUGCUAUUGCGCUCUGAUUCUACGAGCGUUCUUAGCCAAGAUUGGGAAGGUGCCACGGCUGCCGUGUUUGCAAAGCGUGGAGGUCAUUCCAAUGUAGAAACAGCUUUACUUGCAUGUGAAGAGGCAGGACGCGAAAAGGAUUACGUGUAUGACAUAUAUUGUGUUGACAUUUCUGCGAGUGAGCAACAAGAGACCAUGCAUGACAAGACUACCGACUCUAGAGAUGGCUUUGAACAAACCAGCAUAAAUAGCGUGCCAGUCGUUAGUGUGAGUUCGGAGGUGCAGCGAUGGCUCUCUGAAGACACGCCAAGUGACGAGGUGGAGGAAUACAUGCUGGAAUCUGACAUCGACAGUAACGAUGAAGCCGACGGAUUAAGCGAGGAUUCCAACGACGAAGACAAUGUGGCAAAUGACUAUCCAGACGAAGAGUCAUCGGACGAGUCUGUGGGUAGCAGUGAAGACCUUGACGAAAUCGGAGCGCGACGGCGUUGGCAGAAUUCCGAGGAAUUUACCGAGCGCGAUGAGAACAGACCCCGGGUGCUGAUUUCAAUUCUCGUGACCUCGGCCCUCAAAAAGGAAGUGUCCUACCAUGCAAUUGGUCUUGGUGAUAAAGAGAGAAACGAGACGGAGACACUACAAUUUGAUUACCUCGUACUAGCUACGGGAAGUACAUACACUGUAGCAAUUAAACCUGGUCUUCAUGAUUAUGCUCGAACGGCCAUGGAAACCAAAUUUCAAGAUAUUCGUCUUCAUCUUGAAAAAGCAGACAAAGUUCUAGUCGUCGGUGGAGGUCCCGUGGGCUGUGAAGUCGCGACGGAGAUCAAAUCCAAGUACCCAAACAAGUUGGUGACGAUCGUUGAGGCAAAGAAUCAACUUGUCUCUGGUAACAACCUUCGUGACAAGUUUUACACUAAAUUAAACGAAGGACUGGACAAACUUGGUGUAAAGGUGAUUCUAAGCGAGCGUUUAAUGGAACGUCUGAGUGGCAAUAACGUUGAGAAACGUACUAUGCAUAACGGAGAUUGA